AUGAAGGUGCCUGUAUUGGAGGAAGUAAAAGAUGAAACUGAAGAGGAAAAUGUGGAGGAGGAAGAAAAGCAGGAAGACAAGGUAUUUCUUAAACCUGUUAUUGAAGACCUAAGCAUGGAACUGGCCAGAAAGUGCACUGAACUCAUUAGUGAUAUCCAUUAUAAAGAAGAGUAUAAAAAGUCCAAGGACAAAUGCACAUCUGUAACUGACACUCCCAUGCUAAACCAUGUAAAAAACAUCGGUGCUUUUAUUUCUGAGGCGAAAUACAAAGGAACCAUUAAAUCUGAUCUUUCCAACUGUCUGUAUAAGCACCUACCGGCCACCAUUGACAGUGUCUUUGCAAGAGAAGUGUCCCAGCUUCAGAGUGAGGUUGCCUACAAACAGAAGCAUGAUGCUGAGAAAGGGCUCUCGGAUUACGCCCACAUGAAGGAACCUCCGGAGGUGAGACAUGCCAUGGAGGUCAACAGACACCAGAGUAAUAUUUCUUAUAGAAGAGAUGUGCAGGACAUCCACAUGUAUACAGCGGAGCUUGACAGACCGGAUAUCAAGAAGGCAACUCAGAUCUCCAAGAUCAUAAGCAAUGCAGAAUAUAAGAAAGGGCAAGGCAUAGUGAAUAAAGAGCCUCCUGUAAUUGGAAGACCAGAUUUCGAACACGCUGUCGAAGCCUCAAAACUUUCCAGUCAGGUUAAAUAUAAAGAAAAAUUUGAUAAUGAAAUGAAGGGAAAAACCCACUCUUACAACCCGCUGGAAAGUGCUUCUUUUCGGCAACACCAGCUUGCUACUGUCCUGGCAAGCGAUGUGAAGUACAAGAAAGACGCUCAAACCAUGCACGAGCCAGUUUCAGACCUCCCAAAUUUGUUGUUUUUAGACCAUGCUCUGAAAGCCAGCAAAAUGCUCAGUGGAUGGGAAUAUAAAAAGAAUUUUGAAGAAAACAAAGGAUUGUAUCACUUUGAUGCAGAGGCCACUGAACACCUGCACCAUAAAGGCAAUGCCACCCUCCAGAGUCAGGUAAAAUACAGAGAAGAAUAUGAGAAAAAUAAGGGCAAGUCCAUGCUUGAGUUUGUUGAGACACCAUCAUAUCAGUCUUCAAAGGAGGCUCAGAAGAUGCAGAGUGAGAAAGUUUACAAAGAAGAUUUUGAGAAGGAGAUUAAAGGGAGGUCCUCACUGGAUUUAGACAAGACUCCUGCAUUUCUACAUGUGAAGUACAUCACCAACCUGAUGAGGGAGAAAGAAUAUAAAAAAGACUUGGAAAAUGAGAUAAAAGGGAAAGGAAUGGAACUUAGUUCAGAAGUCCUUGAUAUUCAGAGAGCAAAGCGAGCAUCUGAAAUGGCCAGCGAGAAAGAAUACAAAAAGGACCUGGAGUCAGAAAUUAAAGGGAAGGGAAUGCAAAUUGACACCAAUACACUUGAAAUACAGCGUGCCAAGAAAGCUGCCAAGAUAGCCAGUGAGAAAGAUUAUAAAAGAGAUCUGGAGACAGAAAUAAAAGGAAAAGGAAUGCAGGUCACUGCAGACACUCUAGAUGUUCGGAGAGCUAAGAGGGCAUCUGAGAUGGCCAGCCAGAAGCAAUAUAGGAAAGACUUAGAGAAUGAAAUUAAGGGAAAAGGAAUGCAGGUGAAUAUGGAUAUCCCAGAUAUGCUUCGAGCCAAGAGGGCAUCUGAAAUCUACAGCCAGAAAAAGUAUAAAGAUGAAGCUGAGAAAAUGCUUUCUAACUAUUCCACUGUGGCAGACACUCCCGAAAUUCAGAGAAUCAAGAUGACGCAACAAAACAUUAGCAAUGUAUCUUACAAAGAAGGAGUGGGAGCUGGCACAGCCCUAAGGAACACUCCAGAGAUUGAACGAGUGAAAAAAACCCAGCACAAUAUCAGUUCAGUGAAAUACAAAGGAGGAAUUAAACAUGCAGCAGCCAUUUCAGAUCCUCCCGAGGUAAAGAGAGCUAAAGAAAACCAGAAGAACAUCAGCAAUCUCCAGUAUAAAGAGCAAAACUAUAAGGCCACUCCAGUAACCAUGACUCCAGAAAUAGAGAGGGUGAGGAGGAACCAGGAGCAGCUGAGUGCGGUCAAAUACAAAGAAGAGCUAAAACAGGCAACUUCCAUUCCAGAUCUACCAGAGUUGAAGAGAGUGAAAGAAAACCAGAAGAAUAUCAGCAAUGUUCAUUAUAAAGGUCAACUGGGAAGGGCUACAGCUCUCAGUGUCACUCCUGAAAUGGAAAGAGUGAAGAGGAAUCAAGAAAAUAUUAGCUCGGUGAAAUACACACAAGACCACAAACAAAUGAAAGGUAGACCAUGUAUGAUCUUAGAUACACCUGCUUUGAGACAUGUUAAAGAAGCACAAAACCAUGUUUCCAUGGUCAAGUAUCAUGAAGAUUUUGAGAAGACAAAGGGGAGAGGCUUCACUCCCGUUGUGGACGACCCUGUGAUGGAGAGGGCGAGGAAGAACACCCAGGUUGUGAGCGAUGCUGCCUAUAAAGGUGUUCAGCCUCAUGUUGUGGAGAUGGAUCGGAGACCUGGGAUCAUCGUUGACCUCAAAGUGUGGCGCACAGAUCCUGGCUCCAUCUUCGACAUUGACCCCCUGGAGGACAAUAUUCAGUCUAGAAGUCUCCAUAUGCUCUCUGAAAAGGCGAGUCAGUACCGGAGACACCUGUCUCGCUCUCACUCCAGCAGCACUUUUGGUACAGGUCUGGGAGAUGACAAGUCAGAGAUCUCCGAGCUCUACCCUAGCUUUUCAUGCUGCAGUGAGGUAACAAGACCAUCGGAUGAAGGAGCACCCGUUCUUCCUGGAGCUUACCAGCAGAGUCAUUCCCAAGGUUAUGGGUACAUGCACCAGACCAGCGUGUCAUCCAUGAGGUCAAUGCAGCAUUCACCAAAUCUAAGGACCUACCGAGCCAUGUAUGACUACAGUGCCCAGGAUGAAGAUGAGGUCUCUUUCCGAGAUGGUGACUACAUUGUCAACGUGCAGCCCAUUGAUGACGGCUGGAUGUAUGGCACCGUGCAGAGAACCGGGAGAACGGGCAUGCUCCCGGCAAAUUAUAUUGAGUUUGUGAAUUAAUUCUUUCUCCUUGCCCUUUGAGCUUUAUUCUGAUGUAUUCUACACCCAGUCUUUUUAAAAGAUAGAAGAUACUUUUCAGAUAACUUGGCAAUUAUUUUACAACAACGUAUCCUUACUUUGACAAUUAGACACACAGGUACCAGGAAAAGGGAAUGACUUUUGGGCUGGAAACAGCAGCAUCCAUAGUAAUUCCUGUAAACAAAACCAUUAGGUCUGGAGACCUGGUGCUGCUAAUUGUGUUUGUGGUUUCAUUUAAUUGGCUAUUCAACCCUCCUGGGACAUGUAUUUUUGUAGACUUUAAUAGAGAUGUUGAUUGUCCCUUAAAUGUAACAAGUGUAUGAAACUUCUUAGCUGUCACUUGGAAUCAUCUGAAGCCAAUUCUCAUAGUCCAGCAACACAGCCAAUAAUCUAAAAACUGUUCAACUUUUGAAACGUUGGGUAAUUUUCAAUUCAGAUGAGAAUUGCCUAGUAUAAUAAAUGGAAACAGUGGCGGAAUGAGUCUGAUUAAAAUCAUAUUGACUGUAGCCUUAGGGAGCAGGCAGGAAACUUGCCCUUUUCCUAGGCUCACCAGGAUCUAGUUAUUUCUCAUGUGUUUCAUGGUAUAGCCUAUCUCCAUUUACGUUCUGUGGAGCAGAGCAUGUGCUCAGGUCCUCAGAAUAUCAGGACCAGGUAACUUCAUAGCUACUCUGCAAAGGGCAAAGUCAAUGUCAUCUGUAUUAUUUCCCUAGUAGCCUCUAUCCUGUUGCAUGUCUCGUGGGCUUAAGCUUCUGUAACAUGGCAGCUGCUUGCCCAUCCUUGUUAUAAAAGUCAGCAGUGUGGCUGAUCUCUCCCUGCCCUUCCUUCUAGCUGUCAGCUCACCAGAAAACAUUUUGAAAAGUUGCUUGAGACUUUCUCGCUGUAUUAAACUCUAGUUUUGAAAGACUCAUGCCUUAGGAAAUACACAUAUACUCUAGUAAAUAGGAAAUUUAUGUAUUUACUGGAUAGCUUUCACUCACUUAAUACCACCAUUGAUUUGAAAGUGAAGUGAAUUCAACAGCAUCCCAUGUAAGGGGGAAUGGACUAUUCAGUAUACUGGGAGAAAACCAAAAUACAAAACAGUAAGCAGAAGUUUGCUCCACAGUUAGAUGACUUGGUCUUAUAUUUUGGCAAUUGGUCUUCAGACUCUGGGAUGGAAAUAUAGCCACUAAGUAUCAUAAAAAGGAUUCCUUUUCCCACCCUGCUUUUUCUUUUCUAAAUCACCUUUGGGAUUAGAUAAGAAAGUCAGCAGUGAUCAGAUCAGCAGAUGAUUUACUAAGAAGGAAAUAGGUGUCUUGUGUUGAGUGAGUGUGCAGGGUUUUCAUAGUGUCACAGCCCCAAGUAGAACCAUUACUAUUGUGUCUUCAAUUUGCUCUGCAGUCUGCAGUCGAAGUUAGUGGAUGUUGAUGUUUAUCACAACUCUGUUUUUCUCAUGGUGCCUCUUACUGUGACUUGAAGCAGGGUGGUAUUUGUGUGAGAUCUGAAACUGAAGAAAGCAGAGUCACAAAACUGUAAGAUGACACUGCGAUUGUGGGAACUAUCUACACAAUAUGUUCAAGGAAAUUAACAAAGCACCCACCAGUGAAAAACAUUUGAAUGAAAUGUUUGUGAGGCCAAAGCUCCAAGUUGGUUCAUUUAAACCUUUGAAAAGUGAGCCCGUACUCUGGAAAAUCAGUAGUUUUGUUAGAUUUGCCUUAAAGAAAAGUUUUAUUACACUGAGCUGUGUUUCUGUGACACUGAUAGAAAACUGAAAAAAAAAUAACUAGAGAUUUUCCUGGAAAGGGUUUUAUAGACUUGUAAAUAAACAGCUUACCUAAUUUCCUGUCAUUUAAAUAGCCAGUCAUGAUUAACCUUCCUGUUUUCAUGUCUUGAACACACACCUACAAAGACAAACUGCACUUGCAGUGAUUUUGCAAAAAUCUUUACACUAAUAACAAGGGUGAUAAGCUGGCUCCUUUAUGUUAUGUGUCUUUAUGCUUUCCCAGGCAGACCAUGUGUGUGUGUGUGCUUGUGAUUAUUAAAACAAAAGAGUAGUUGUUGAUUAAAACUUCAGGCUAAGUGCAGGGCAGGUAUGAUUUUUGGUAAUAGUGUGUGUGCAGGAAGCUCAACAGAAGUCGACUUUGAAAUAAUGCUUAACAUCAGCUAGUCCUCACAAAGUAGCAGCUCAGUGGUCCAUGUUCUUGCCACUCAUUCAUUUCAAAGUCAGACUUGAAUGUGAAAGUCAGUACUUAUUUGGGAAAUCCGUGUCCUAAAUGUUGAGCCUUACGUAAUGUUUGCAUAGCAAGAUUUUUCUGUUUUAAGUCCUUCAGAAUUAAGAUCUGAUCUGGAUUCAAUAAAGGGCAGUUUUUUUUUUUUUUCCAAUACCGACUGAGGCAGAACAAGACAUUGCAUGCUCUUGAGGUCAUGCAUUGAUAGACUUGACACUGUUACUAGCACUUGUAAGGAUGUUACCCAUCUCAUCAGAAAAUCUGAGCAUAGAUGUGUCAUACCUAGAUGCCAUCUUUUGGAGCAUCAUUUUAAAAAAUGCUAUAUUCUUAACACACUUUCCACAUUCCCCCCUCCCUUGCUGUUUGGCAGCCAGUAUCUCACAUGUAACAGCUAUGGAUAAAUUUGAAAACAAGUCCAUUAGAAAUCAGGUUAAAGGAACCUAAACGCCAGACACAGAGAUAAUGCAUCUGUUCCUAAAUGUGAUGGUUUCUCAAGCCUGACGGAAGCACAAGAAGCCGCCUGAUACACUUCUCCAAGUCUCUGAAGAUAAAUGUAUUUGGUUCAUGUUCCUCUUGAGAAAAGUUUAGCAACAAAAUGUAAUGCCUUCGUUGUAAGCUUUUGUAGUAGAUUUAAAAAAAAACAUAUUUCUUGUUCUCUGGAGAACUUUCUAUUUCUAACCUGUGACAAAAUGAAUACUUCGUGUCUUCAUUGUGUUUGCACAUCUGCAGCACACCCAGUUUGAAAUUUUGAUCUGGUUGUCAUUCUCCAUGGAGUCCCUGCAUCUUCCCAUGUCUCUCAGCCUCCACAGAGCACCCAGGAAUGUCUAAGCACAAUUUCCACAAGCACCUUGUGUGGGGAUGGGUGAGAUUAUGAUAGUCCCUCCCUUGUCAAGGCCCUUUAUUUGAAGAUGUUGAAGAUGUCAUUUGGCCAGUUUUACUGUAGUCUUUCAUUCUAGGUCCUCUCUGUGCUGGGGUUAAUAACACUCUAAGAAUGCUGGGAAAAUCUUUUCCACAAAUGAGAGCAAGGGACACACCCAGUUUUCAGGUUCCUCCACCUCUAGUGGAAUACUUUCAGUGAAAUGAUAAAGAAAAUAAGUGUGAUCUUUAAUAACACAGCCCUAUAUACAGUGGAUAUAGUUUAUACUAAUGUUAUAAUAUAGAUAUAUACAAAAUAGGUGCCUUUUGAUUAUACUUGUUUAUCAUUAUGGUCUUGGAAAGGAAAGCAAGCAAGCAAGCUUCUGCAUAUUCUAUUACAAUAUUUUAUGAUACAUGAUUGAUAUUUUUGUGGUGAGAAUUGAGAUGCCCCUACCUGAAAGAUGUCACAGCUGGUUGUAUAUUCCUCCUAAAGGUUUAGAACUUUAGACAAUAUUGACUUCUUCCAUUUUCUGAAAAGUUGGGAUUUUUUCUUGUGGAUUUAUAUGUAGUUGAGAUAUAUAAGCAUUAAGUUUGGGGUUUAAAAUACUUAUGGUGAGAUAGAUUAGUUAUAUUAUGAGGCUGAAUUCACUGAGUAAGAUGAGCUUUGUGGCCUGAUUAUGUUUAUAUUUUAACUGUUUGCCUUUGAUAAUCUGAAUGUGGCUACAUUUGCACUUGUAUGGGGUAACACAACAUGGUGAUAAAGCUUCAGUUAGGUAGGAAGCUAUGUAAACUAAUUUAAGAUGCUAAAAUGAAAAGCUCUCUGAAGUAUUCUGUGCCCUGUAGGGCCCUUUUCCAGGCAAGUAGCUGUCAAUAACUAAUGAUCAAAAAAAGUUAAGACAUUGUGGGAAACUUCUAUGGUCAUCAUUCCAGGAUGCAUAAGACUACUAGAAUCCUUGAGCCUAGAAGGCUCCCUGGGCAAAUGUCCUUCCCAACUGUCUGUGACUUCAGUAUAUCCACAGGACUCCAUAUGUUUACUGCGUCUGAUAUGUGGUAUCCUGUUUGCAUAGCAUACAUGUCGCUGUUGUCAACUAUUGUUAAAGAUAGUUUCCUUUAAAGGAAGGAGAGAAAAACUGCAUUGCAACCUUCUUCCUUCAUGUCCAUACAAUGAAUUGCUAAGAAUUUUGGAAGUAGCAACAAGUGUGUAACAGGCAUGAUAUUUGUGGAACUGUUGGCUUUUGACCUGUGAUAAAAACAGAAAUUUGAAUGAUGUAGCUUGGCUUCUGUUUGCUUUGAAAUAUGCACAAUUGUGGUUGGUGAUUAAUUUGUAAAGCUGUACUAACUUUGAGAACAUAAUGAUUGUGAAAGAACCAGUAAACGUUUUUUUCAAUGGGAGGGGAAUCACAGAAUGAUUUAAGGUUAUUAGUAUAAUUUGGCUUUUGUUAUGCAAAUUGUUAACACCAGCUAUUAAAAUAUAUUUUAGUAGAAAUGUUUUAAUUCAUGUUUUUUUCCUCUACACUGUGAAUCUUGAAGCCUUGGUGGACCAGAGACACAUUGUGAUGUCCAAAGGACUAACCUAUGCAAAUGAGUUCACAUCUUAUUGAUGCCACAGUAAACAUGUGCUAAGGAAUUAUUUCUCUGCAUAACAUGCAGCAGUAUUGGAAUAGCACAGGAAGCCUGGCCUCCCAUGCAUUACACUGUAGUCACUCACAAUCCCUUCAAGGCCACCCAAACCAUUAGCAUUUGUGGGAAUCCGAUUGGUAUCUAUUGAAGCUACUUUAAUGAUACCGGCAGGAAGAUGACAGACAGGCAUCUUGGCUGUGGCUUUCAUAGAACUAUGUUCUCACAUAUUCUCUCUUUGGGGUCUUGGUAUUCUGUGUCCUCUAUCUGUAUUUGUAAAGCAUUUAUGAUUCAUUAAUUUCCUAUCAACACAUUUGGUUUGCUUAAAUAAAUACAGGAUGUAACAAAAUUGUUCUACUUCUUGGCUGUCACCGUGGUUUCU